ACUCUCAACUCUCCGCUCUCUACUCCUUUCAGUUCACUCCUCGUCGUCUAUUCGUCCGCACACAAAUAAAAAUUCCUCUCUUUAAAAAAAAAAAAAACAAAAAAAAAAAGCAAAAAAGUAAAAGAAAAAAUAAAAACACUAGUACAAUAACAAUCAAUUAAAUUUCCCCAAUUAAAACAAAAAAAAUUUUAAUUUUUUAAAAAUAUUUAAAUUUUUUAAAUUUUACGCGCCAUUAAAUAAACAAUUGCGCACACUUAUGCGCAUUUAUAAAUAUUUUUAAUAUUUCGCCAUUUCGAGUGUUACUUUUAGUUGUGUUACUUUAUAUAUAUAUUUAAUAUAUACUCUAACACAUAUAUAUGUAUAUAUAUAUAUAUAAAAGUGUAUAAUAUAUGUGGACGAUUAAAUAAAAGACGAAAAAAAAUGUCGAGAUGUGGCAAUGGCGCUCGUGUCCGGCAUACGAUGGACUGAAAUUUAUUUAUUUUAUAUAAAUAUAUAUUUUUAUAUAUUUAUAUAUAUACUAAGUUGUUAAUAUAUACCAAUACAUAUUUAUAUAUAUGUAUAUAUAUUAAUAAAAGUGUUUAUUGUCAGUAAUAAUAAAAUAAUAAAUAAAUUAAAAGUGAAAAAUAAUAAAAAAAAAAAAAAAAAAUGGAUUCAGUUUUAUCGUAAGUGAAAACUAGUGAUUAAAUAAUUUAUUAAAUAAACAAGUGACAUGUUGAUUGUGAUUGUGCUCUGUUGUAAUUUAUUUAUUAUUGUUUAAAGUAAAGUGAUUUGUUCAGUUUUUUAAAAUCGGGCGGGUAGGAUUUUGUUUAGUGAAUUUAAAUUUGUGUUUGGUUUGAGUUUUUUUUCCUACUUAAAAAAAUUCUUUUUUUUAUGACAGAUGGAAGCUGAUGGAUUAAUGGUGAUUAUUUAGUGGAUUGUUAAUUUAUUUAAGUGUAUUGUGAGUGGUCAUCUUGAUGCUGCUGGUAUGCUUCGAUUUUUUACCAGACUUUCAGAUACGGCAAAAGUGUACAGGACCAAAGUUGUAGAGGAUAAAAUUGUCUACAAAAAAGGGAGACGACGACACGGGUGUCGGAGUUGCGGUACACCUGCUACUAAAUCAUCAUCACCAUCACCAUCAUCAUCAGCAUCCACCCCCAGCUCCACAACAAAUCCACAAAAUACCCAUAUAAAUAAUUCAAAACUGGAUUGCCCGUUAAAUCGAGUAGUAGAAGAUAAUUAUGACGUAAGAUUACGAUGUUGUUACUCGCGAUUACGAAGCCAUGAUCGCAACCAUGAUCAGCUUGACAAUAAGGACUACGAUCACGAUCAUCAUCAUCAGCAUGAUCAUGAUCACGAUCACAAACAACAAGAGUCGUCUUCCUCACCGUCCUCAAGACUUAUUAUCACCGAGGACCGGUUACACCAGGACUCGUUCGACGACAUUUGUCUGACGAGGAUAACGGGGUUAAGGACGUCGACAUCUACGACAAUACCAACUCGACUAUGUUCUUCAACACGGGACAGUACUAAUAAUAAUAAUAAUAAUAAUAUUAAUAAUAAUAAUAAUAUUAAUAAUAAUAAUAAUAAUAAUAAUAAUAAUAAUAAUAAUAAUAAUAAUAAAUGUGGUAAUUUUGUUGAAAAUAAUAAUAUUAGUGGUAAAGAAAUUUUACAAACAACGAGACCAAGAACAAGAAGAGAAACGUGUAGAGAUACAACUAGAUCAACUGUUGAUAGGCUUCAUAGGAGAAGUGGUAUUCCUUCGUAUUUAGCAACGAUAUUAUUAUUGUCAUAUGCAUUAUUUGGAAUAGCAGAUGCAUGUUCUUCAAAAUCAACACCUAAACCAAGGCCUCCAACGACAACACAACGGCCUAGCAUCACAUUCCGUCAAAAUCCAUGUCCGCCAGAUUACGCGGAAUGGUAUUGUUUGAAUCAAGCAACUUGUUUUACUGUCAAAAUACAAGACUCAUUACUUUAUAAUUGUCUAUGCGCUGAUGGAUUCGUUGGCCAGAGGUGUGAAUUUAAAGACUUAGAGGGUUCAUAUUCACCGUCAAGGCAAAGGAUAAUGUUGGAAACUGCGAGUAUAGCUGGUGGUGCCACAAUAGCAGUAUUCCUUGUCGUUAUUAUUUGCAUAGCUGCUUAUAUACAUUGCAAACGCAAACAGAAGGAAUUACGUACAAGUUCUGGAGUGGAUACUGUUGAUGGUACUGGCCGUGAUCCAGAAUUAAGGCCAUUUAGUAGUCGUAAUCGUUCAUUAAAAAAUUUUAUGGCCAAGAAUCAACACUGUUCACCAAUAAUGUGCCCAUCGAUAGAACAAACACGAAUGCCCAGUUGGAACGUCGAACUAACGAGAUUAGCGUCCGUCAACGAAGCCAAACGUUCGAGUCAGUAAAUUAAUGAUAAUUAAUCACCGAUUAAUUGAUAAAAUUAAAAUGAAAAAAAAAAUCAAUUAAUUAACGUAACAACAACAAAAUUAAUUAAUUAAAUUAACUUAUAGCCAACAUCACAUUUAAUUAUUAAAAUAUAAAUUUAAUUAAUUAGUUAAUUGAUUAAUUAAUUAAUUAAUUAAUUAAUUAAUAGGAUUAUUAAUCGAACAAUUAAUCAGUAGAUUUAUUCUUCAUUUUUGUAAAGACAAAAAUGAAAGAGUCAAAGACUUAUUAUUAAUUUAUUAUUAUUAUUAUUAAUAUUAAUUAAUUUAAUUAAAUUUAAUUAAUUAAUUAAUUUUGUGGUUAAUGACUCGCCUUUAUAUCAAAAUAUAAAUGGCGCCUGCAUUUUUUUAUUGUAAAAGAUGUAGAAUUAAUAUGACGAUAAAUA